AUGGCUCUUCGUCAACCACUAAAAGGACACUGGUCAUUUUUUUUCUAUCCUGCAGGGGCCGUCACGCUGACUGGAUCGGCCGAAUAUGCCAUCCCGGGCAGAGCUUUUAACUUGACAUGUGACGUACCGGAGGAAGCCAGCAGUGUUAAAUUUUACCGCCGGCCUUUAAUGACUCAAUCACCCCAGACAAUACAAGUAACAGGAGAUCAAUGUUACAAAAUCCUAGAUGGAAUAUCAACACUCUGUACCCCGGAUGUAUGUUCGUGCCAACCAUCAACGUUUCAGUACGCGAGUGAAUUCGUGCUUGUAAUCAUACCAAUUCCAGGAGACCAUAACUCACUGUGGUUCUGUAGACGCGAAAACACCAACCUGACGAACCCAACCGCAGAUAGUACGGACUACACUUUGAACGUGUUUGAACAAGUGACCAGCAUUGAGUUGCAGAAUCCGCCUCCACCUGUAACAGAAUUUGAUGUCAUUGACCUAGUGUGUGUGACCAGUCCUUGUCGACCUGCAGCCAGCGUUCUGUGGUCAGUUGGAGGUUUAAACUAUACCUCAUUUAGUUCAUCCAGAGUGCAAGGAACAAUCUUGUCCUUCGUUACAGUGAGCAUAUUAACCCUGCAAAUCACCAGAGCCUUGCAUGGACGACGCGUUAUUUGCUCUGCCUACAACACGGACGAUGGUUUUGUCUUUGAUACAAUACAGCCCAUUCUUAACGUCGAAUAUGGCCCCACUUCAUCUAUAGAUAUUUCUCCUUCUGACCGUGUCCACACCGGAGACGAGGGGGACACGUUACCGGACAUCACCUGUACAGCGGACUGUAGACCUGACUGUACAUUUGUCUGGACACGACCGGACAACAUCAACUUUACUGUGUCACCUGUGUUGUCACUGGGACAACUGAAGAGAUCAGAACAAGGAAACUACACUUGCAUUGCUGUAAACAACAUUGGAUCUUCAAAUGUCACAUAUAGUUUGACAGUACGAUAUCCUCCGAGUAUGCCAGCCGUAAUUUUACUACCCACCAACUAUUGGAUAGAAGGAGAAGAGUACAGAGUGUUAUCGUGUAUAUACUCUGAAGGGUACCCUGCUCCGGCCUCCGUCGACUGGUUCCGGGAUGGUGUAUCUACGGGAGUGAUGACGAGUACCAUUAUUAUUGGACCACUUCGUCCGGAAGAUAAUGGCGUCGGUUAUUUUUGUCGAGUCCGGAAUAGUUUUACAGACUCAAAGAUGACAAACCUAACCUCAGCAAUACUACUCCUUAAUCUAACAUGUAAGUAUAAUGUAACCCUGUCGGAUUAA